AUGGUGGCUGCUGUGUCUGCGAAGACUCCGAACCCUAAGAUUUCAUCACACGCCGUGAAUAAACCUCAAAUUAAUGGUAGGAAUCCGACUAAUGGGCAGCAAAAUCCGAAGCGGCCGCCAUUGCUGCCUUCGGGAGCUGAAAAUGGCCCCGCUGAUCAGCUCCGGCGGCCUAAAUCGAGGGAGGUUACUUCACGGUACUUGUCCUCAUCUUCCACGUCAUCGUCUUCUUCGAUUUCCACAUCUUCUUCUUCCAACUCCUCGAAUUCCAUCUCCUCUCGCCGGUCGGCGUCGCCGAUGGUGUCGAGGACUGUGCCAAUGACUCCGGUGGUCCAGAAUUCCGCGAGGCGAGCGCAGUCUGCGGAGCGUCGGAGACCGGUGACGCCGAGGGGUGCGGCGGUGGAUAUGGAAAUGUCGAGUGCCGCAAAGGCUCUCCUGACGUCAAAGAGAAGUCUGUCUGUGUCUUUUCAGGGUGAGUCGUUUUCAAGAUCCUUAAGUAAGGCGAAACCUGCGCCUUCUCCGGCUCCUUCUCAGUCGGCGAAUGGUUUGAGUACCGUGAGAAGAGGUACGCCGGAAAGGAGGAAAGCUACGCCGGUUAAGGAUCGUUUAGAGAAUUCCAGUUCAAAACCAAGUGAUCAGCAGCGUUGGCCUGGGAGAUCGAAGCCGAUGAGUUCAAGCUUCUUGACUCGGAGUUUAGAUUAUGGCGCUAUUUCUGCCAAAACGGGGUUCAGUGGAUCUGUGAGUGCUGUGAAAUCAUUGCAGAAAUCUUUGAUUGCCGAUAAUGUGAGGCCAAAAGCAGAAACUAAAAUGGUUCCUGAUAAGAACAAUUUUGAGGCGGAGAAGAAGGUUGAGCCUGUUUCCGAGGUAAAUUCAGCUGUGCUUACUUCUGAUACUGCGCCUUCGGAUAGUGAUAGCGUUUCCUCUGGUAGUACUUCAGGAAGCUUGCCUCAAGCGCGAGGAGUACCACGGGGUAUCGUUGUGCCAGCAAGAUUCUGGCAAGAAACUAAUAAUAGGGUCCGAAGAGUUUCAGAACCUGGUUCACCAGCAUCGAAAACCAAUGGAGCAAAAAUUACUAGUGUUUCAAAAUUUCCUCCAGCAAAGAUGUUUUCAAAGGAUAGCUUUAUAUCAUCCCCUCGGGGAUUAUCCUCUCCAAUUCGAGGGGCCUCCUCUCCUAUUCGAGGGGCUACAAGGCCGGCAUCACCUAGCAAGUCUUUGACUCCCUCAAUCAAUUCUUCCUUUAGAGGGGCACCUAGUCCGGGUAGAACAAGGAAUGGUGUUACAAGCAUGUUGAGUAAUGAUGUCUGCAGUACACCAUCUAUUCUAAAUUUUGCUGCUGAUAUCAGAAGGGGAAAAGUGGGGGAAAAUAAAAUUGUUGAUGCACAUGAAUUGAGGUUAUUGCAUAACAGACAGUUGCAGUGGCGAUUUGUCAAUGCCAGAGCAGAGAGUACUUCAAGGGUUCAGACGGAGAUAGCAGAGAGGACUUUGUUCAAUGCCUGGGUGGCUACCACUAAAUUGCGGCAAUCUGUCAUAUCGAAACGCUUGGAACUGCAACUACUAAGUCAAAAUUUGAGGCUAUUCUCCAUCCUUAAAGAACAGGUUCCGUUUUUGGAUGACUGGGACAUGAUUGAGGGAGAUCAUGCCAAUGCUUUAUCAGGCGCUAUAGAAGCUUUGGAAGCCAGCACUGUUCGUCUUCCUGUUGUUGGGGGUGCCAGGGCAGACAUUCGGGAUGUUAAAAAUGCCAUGGGUUCAGCUGUUGAUGUGAUGCAAUCAAUGGGAUCCUCAAUAUGCUCCUUGCUCCAAAAGGUUGAAGAAGUCAGUACAAGCAUGUCCGAACUUGCUAGCCUCACUACCAAUGAACGUGCCAUGAUAUCUCAAUGCAAAGAUAUGCUAUCCAAUAUAACAGCAAUGGAGGUUUCAGUAACCCAUACUCAAGCCGGCAAAUGGGCUGAUUUGGACUACUUGAGAUUGGUUUUUAAUAGUUACUAG